UACCCAAAUGUUUGUUUUUCUUAUAGUAUACGAAAAUAAUAAUUGAUUUAAAGAAAAGCAUCAGAAUUAGACAAGUUCUCUCUGUCAUGGGCUAAGACAUUGCAUAAAAAUUUAUGGUUACUUGUAAAUAACAAAGUCAAAGUCAGAUUAGGUAGCAUCUGCUAAAAAUAUAAUAUCUGUCCAUCUGAAUUCUUUAUAAGCAACCAACAAACAAAAAAAAAAAAAAAGGUAGAAAAAUAAUAAGAUCAAAAUAACAUGAACUCCACAAAAGCCCCUACUCAUGCCCAAAUUCAACAAUUUCAUUAGCAAUAACAAACAAGUUCAAAAUGAUUUUCAGCUUCUGGUCAUGGUGGUAUGAUGCCAGCAAUUACAGGGAGAAAUAUCUCAUACCAGUUCUUGCCACAGCACUUACAAUUAUUUCUCUGCUUUCGUUCUUGUUCAACGUCAGGAAAUUGAAGUAUUCAACUCCCCCAUUGCCACCAGGCCCUCGAGGCUUGCCGGUUUUCGGUUACCUUCCAUUUCUAGGCACUUUCCUCCACAAGAAGUUCACUGAUCUGGCUGGAGAAUAUGGCCCUAUUUACAAGCUGUGGCUUGGAAGAAAAUUAUGCAUAGUGAUCAGCUCACCAUCACUAGCCAAAGAAAUUGUUCGAGACGAAGAUAAGAUUUUUGCUAAUCGGGACCCACCAACAGCUUCUAAAAUUAUCACCUAUGGCGGGAAUGAUAUUGUUUGGUCAUCCUACGGUCCUGAAUGGAAGAAGAUACGCAAGGUGUUUGUACGUGAAAUGCUAAGUAAUGCAAGUCUUGAGGCUAGCUAUCCAAUGAGAAAAGAAGAGGUGCAGAAAACUAUAAGAGAUUUGUGUAAUGAAGUUGGAAAGACUGUAGACUUUGGACAAUUGGUAUUUGAAAUAGCUGCAAAUGCUUCUAUUAGUAUGCUGUGUGGCAGCACGCUUAAAGGAGAGAAAGCCAUUAGUUUUGUUGGAGAAUUCAGGAAAUGGGCUGAGGAAAUCAUGGUGCUGCAGGGAAAACCUAAUGUUUCAGACCUUUUUCCAGUGCUUGCACGGUUUGACUUGCAAGGUUUAGAGAGGGAAACAAGAAGGAUAUUCUUAUGUAUUGACCAGAUUCUCGAUUCUGUAAUAGAGCAAUGUCUGAAUACGGAUGUAGCUACAGAAGAAAAGGCAGAAAAGAGCGAGUCAAGAAAGGACUUCUUGCAAAUUCUCUUGGAGUUUAACAAGCAUGGAGAUGCUGCAACAUCAAUUACCACGAACCAACUAAAAGCCUUGCUAAUAGAUAUUGUGGUGGGCGGCACGGAGACAACAUCAACCAUGUUAGAAUGGGCAAUGGCAGAGUUAAUGCUAAAUCAGGAAGUAAUGAAGACAGUAUACCAAGAAUUAGACCAAGUUGUAGGUAUCAAUAACAUUGUGGAAGAGUUCCAUUUGCCAAGGCUGCAGUUUUUAGAUGCAGUUCUAAAGGAGACUUUUCGUUUGCAUCCAGCACUUCCUCUAUUGGUACCUCAUUUCUCAAGCCGAUCCUGCAGAGUAGGUGGCUAUACCAUUCCAAAGGGAAGUACUAUUUUCCUGAAUGCUUAUGCUAUCCAUAGGGAUCCCCUUCUUUGGGACAACCCCUUGGAAUUUAGGCCUGAGAGGUUCCUAAGUAAUGAUGAUAACUAUAGCAAAUUUGACUACUCAGGCAAUAACUUUCAGUACCUCCCAUUUGGAUCGGGGAGGAGGGUUUGUGCAGGACUUCCCUUAGCAGAAAGGAUGCAAUUGUAUAUAUUCGCUUCACUCCUGCAUUCAUUUGAAUGGAAAUUGCCCCUCGGCACAGAGCUGGAAUUAUCGGACAAAUUUGGAAUAGUAGUGAAGAAAAUGAAGCCCCUAUUACUUGUUGCUAAACCUAGGUUAUCUACUGUAGAGAAGUAUUAGAUGGAUGUGCUGAUUUAUUUGCAUGUUAUUGUCCAUAAGAACUAUCCCAUCUCAUGUAACAAAAGUUUCAUAUUAAAUAAAAGGCUUAAUUAUAAAAGGAUA